UUCUGCGUUUGGUAGCUCUGGCAACUGGGUGCGCGUGGAUAGAGGUUUGUCAGACAGGAGUAAGAGAUCUCACAGACAAACGUGACUUGAAUGUUCUGGAACCAAGCCAGCAAAGGAAGAUCAAUAGUUGAUCGUUCUGCAGUUUCAUCCGGUCACUGCGAAGUCGACUGUUCCUUCCCAUUCUCACUGAGCGAAAUGGCUUACGCCUCGCAUCGUCAUCGAAGCUCGCUCGGCGACAGCCAGGUAGGAAAGAGCAGUUGCCUCCCGCCUUCCUCGAACGAAGCGUUAGGGGCUAUUCACUUACUCGACCGUCUUCUCAAAGCUCUUCCUUCAUCAACCAGAUAUCAACCAAAUAUCAACUCACUUUGCAUCUUUCACGAUAGCUUAUUACUGCUUCAAGCUUGUCACCAUUCUACAGAAGAUACUGGGCUCUUCAAAGCUCGUCUUGUGGUCUCUGGAUCUAUUCCCUCUCAGCUCCUGGCCCACUCGCUCUAUAAAGUCCGCGCGCGACUUCACGGUUUUCUCGAUCGAGCAACUCACCUGAAUCAGCGCCAGCAUGGGGUACCAGUGCUCUCAGUGCUCACAUGUGAGCCCAAGCAAGUACAACAUGACAUCCCAUAUUCUCUACAAGCAUACCGAUACAAAGCCGUUCGCCUGUGAAACUUGCAAGUCAACCUUCGUCAGAUGGUAGGGUUUCCCACAUGACUACAAGUUGGAUCCAGGCUAAAA